GUCCCCGGAAUGCAACCGAGGUCGAGAAGCCGACUCCGGUUUUCGGUCCUCCGCACCGAUGGCACUUAAAGGUCGCACCACCUAAUUCCUCAUUCUGUUUCUUUACACAACCUAAUCUUGCCACUCUUGCAUGCGAGGAAGAAUACUAUGGUCCUGGUAGCCCAAUCGCUCUAAAAGGAAGCAUUCAAGCAGUACUCAAUUGUCACUUCUGAACCCUCGCCAUGAACAAAGUCCCCUCACGUCUCCAUCGGUCCAUACGGCCGUCCCUCCGAACCUUUAGCACCUCCAGACAACAUGCGGCAGACCAUGUAAGAAUAGUAGAGGUUGGACCAAGAGAUGGACUGCAAAAUGAGAAGAGCACGAUACCACUCGACACAAAAUUAGAACUCAUACGCCGCCUGGCGCAAACGGGAGUUACACAUCUAGAGGCUGGGUCAUUUGUGCCCGCGAAAUGGGUACCCCAGAUGGCAUCAACAACCGAGAUACUGGAGAAACUACUCACAAGUCCCCCUUUAGCGCCGCAGGGUAUCGCAUACAACUACCUCGUUCCUAAUAUCAAGGGUCUACAGACCAUGGUCAAGACACUACAAGCGAAAGGCGCGCAUGCGUCAGGAUAUCCUACACCACCUGCAUCUCCCGCAUCCGAGACGUCUCAGGCGUCCACAUCAUCAAACAACUCGUCCGAGAUCUCACUAUUCGCCGCAGCGACCGAGACAUUCUCACAAAAGAACACAAACUGCAGCAUUGCAGAGAGUCUGGAACGAUGCAAGCCGAUCAUGGACCUUGCAAAGCAGAACGAUAUCCGCGUGCGAGGCUAUGUAUCGGUGGCCCUAGGCUGUCCCUACGAAGGACCAGACGUCGACCCACACAAGGUCGCUGAGAUCACAGCGACGUUGCUGGAGAUGGGUUGCGACGAAGUCUCCGUCGCCGACACAACAGGCAUGGGCACCGCCCCACGCACACAAAAGCUGUUGCAAACAUUAAAAGAAGCGGGUAUUCUCGAAGAAGACCUCGCGCUACAUUUCCACGAUACAUACGGCAUGGCGCUGGUCAACACGGUGGUUGGGCUGGAGCAUGGCGUCCGCAUCUUCGACAGCUCGGUCGGCGGUCUAGGUGGAUGUCCGUAUAGUAAGGGAGCCACCGGGAAUGUCGCGACCGAGGACUUGAUACACCUGUUGCACAGUCUGGGUUGCGAGACAGGCCUGGAUAUGGUGAAGAUGGCUGAGAUUGGGGAAUGGAUUACGAAAGAAUUGAACCGGCCGGAUGAUUCGAGGGCGGGAAAAGCUACGCUGGCAAGAUUGAAGGGUUAGCAGUCCUUCACAUUUCGAUUCUGUGACGUACAUCUGUCUCUUUUCGUCUCUUGUUCUUGACCCUCUUCGAUUCAUCAUAUGUCUCUUGUUUAUUGAGAUUGUAUGGCCAAAGAUUGCCAGGAAUGUGGUAGUAGUAUCAUAGCUCACGUGGACUCAGACUUUUGAACCGGUUCAGCUGCUUUAUCUGUAUGUUGAAUCGAGAUAUGAGUUUUUGACCUGAUCCGGCACGCCUUGCCGAUCCGUCGAUAAGCAAGUACUCCUGACAAGGUCAACUCAGCUAGCUUUGUAAUGUCAUCAUAGUCCGGCUUGUUACGACUCUGUUUGAAAUCGAAAGAGAGAGGGCCCUCACUGAAGAGAAACGAGAGGGAUGAGCG